AUGCACGGGCAUGGCGGCAGGCUCGUGAAGUGGGGGCCCCACAAAUGGGUUCUGGACUCCGGCGCGUGGAAUCACCAUACCUCCAACCUGGCGCUGCUGCUUGAAGGCGGCUACUUCCAGUCUCACGAGCUGGACAACAAAGAUGCUCCGUCGAGCGGGGAUGACGCCACCGCCCCGCAUGUCCAGGGGCGCGGGUCUGUACGGACGGACUGCUUUGACUUCCCAGGCGUCCACUAUGUUGUUGGGGACGACACAAGGAAUGUUGUGUCGGUGUCUCAGCUCGCUCGUGAUCAUGGACUGGUCACUGUCUUUGAGCCGACGUCUUGCCACGUCAAGGAGAAGAAGACCGGGAAGAUCGUUGGCAAGGGUCGCUUACGCAACGGCAUGUACAUACUGGAUUCUCUACACAUCGUCGGCCAACAUAUAAGAGACGGAGGAGCAAGUGGAGGCGAUCGCCAUGAUGGAGCAGAUGGAGGUGGUGGAGGUAAUGGAGAUGGUGAUAGCACAGCUGAAGGGCGUGGAGGAGGUGGAAGAGAUGGUAGGGGAGGAGAAGGAGGGACCAGAGCUAGAAACCAGGAAGAAAGCAGUGGAAGUGGAGCCGCCAGAGGAGAUAUUAACGAAAUAAAUGAGGAGGGGGAGGGCGGGGACGAAAAAGAGAUUGAAGAAAUGGAUGAUAAUGAUGAAGAUGACAUCAAGGAGAUUGGAGAAAUAAAUGGCAAAGGGGAAAAGGAAGAUGAUGAGAAAAGAGGAGGACAAAAUUCUGGACAAUUAUCGUCUCGAUCGCACACAGGCUUGUUUGGCAUCUUUCAUAUUGCAACCGUAUACAGGCUGGGGGGCAGGAGUAACAAUCUUGCCUGUGGAUUUUCACAGUCUAGUAGCUGGGUUCUGGACUACGCCACUACGGACCCGACUGGGUACCAUCUUCCCGCUAGAGCCUUUCCUGCUUCGUCGACAAACGCAGCACGCCGGGAAGAAUUUCUACUGGACUCGGGUGCAUCCUUCCACACGACAUGGAAUGAAUGGAUUCUAAUUCCCUACCCCAAUGGUCUAAAGGAUCAUACCGAGCCACCGACGCGGCGUUUCGGAGGGAUUAGUGGGUCUGUCGCGGUCAAAACAUCUGGCUACUUGAGCAUCGAUAAGAUCAAGCUCGACGGCGUACUGCUUGCUCCCGACUCACGGAUGAACCUUGUCUCCGUUGGCCAGCUCUCGAUCCAGUACGAGGUGAAUGUGGAAAUGGACGACAAGGGGUUCGUCAUCAAGAAGAAGCAAGGCCCAACACGCUCGUCACAGGCCCAAUGUGGAGCCGCUAGAGAGAGAGGAGAGAGGGGUACUUAA